UAUUGUUUACUACCACAUAUCCUCGGCCACUAUCACCAACCACAUUUUAGUAUCUCUCCAACGAUGCCAGGAAAGGCCAGUACCUCCAGCAGCACCCCCAAAAACUGGCCCCCUCACAUCCCCUACCUCAAAACACCAGCCUAUUCCCGCACCCUUAGCCCCAUCCAACUCAAAGCCCUCCGCACACGAACGUCAACAGCUCAAGACACACCUCAAACCGUUCCAGGACCAUCUCCUCUCGUGCGCAUUACACCAAUAUCCAAUCCAUCACAUCCCGCAAAUGGACAGAGCGGGUUGUUUGCAGCGAAAGAUCUUCCCCCAGGCUCCUUCAUCCUGCCCUAUAUUGGGGAAGUUCACGGCCAGGGAGCGGCGCACGAGGCGAGCGACUAUGACCUGAGUCUUGAUCGAGAUACCGAACUGGCAGUGGACGCGGCGCGAAGUGGGAAUGAGGCCAGGUUUGUGAAUGACUACCGUGGGGUGCCGGGUGUAGUAAAGCCCAAUGCGGAGUUUCGAGAAGGGUGGGGCGGGAAGGAGCGAGCGAUGGGGGUUUGGGUAUUACCGGCUGGGAAAGCGGGCAAAGGGAAGGGGAUUAAGAAGGGAGAGGAAAUUUUGGUGAGCUAUGGGAGAGGAUUUUGGGGCGCGAGGAAGGAGGUUGAUGAAGGAGAUGGUGGAGGCGACCAGGUGGCUGGGCAGGUGGAUUGACGCUCAUGAUCGAGAUAUAAUCCACCCAAACGAUCAUGUCGUUGCUUGAUUUGAACAAAGUGGGCGUCCAUGGAGCUGCAUUCUAAGCAAAGCAUUGAUAUCGGUUCUUGCUAGGGCAAACCCACCAGGUGUUGCCGUUCUCAGAACCCUCCCUCAACGAGUUCACGGUCUGCUAUCACAAACAGGUCCCACAGGAGUUACUGUUUCCGGAGUAGAUUCGAUCAAACUGGAUUACAAAUCCGGAUCACCAGUAUGUCCCAGCCCUACGGCAUAGCAACUGAAGGGCGACUCAGCCGUCAGCAACGCCUGGGACAAAGUGAAAGGACCAGGGCAAUAGAAUGAGGAGAGAAAUGCAAAAGGAACUGGGAGACUGGGAGAAUAUUAUUUGUCAAUCGAGGAAUUGUCUUUGCAUGAAAUUGAUUCAAGCCUGCGCCUUUCGAAGGC